AUGUCGGCCAAGAAGUGUGAGGCGGCGCCCCAGGAUCCGAUUGCCACGCCUCAAAAGGCCACCUUCCUUCGUUUGGGCCACAAGAACCACUCCCAGUGGAAUGCCCUCGGAUCGGCCUCCUUCAUCCUGAUCUCUGGGGGCAUGAGUUUGGCCUGGGGAGCCGGAUUCGCCGUCCACUCCGUCCAUCGGGAGCAACUUCUGCUCACCGUUCACAUGCAGAUUGCCUGGUAUGUCACUGCCAUCCUGGGAGCACUUUUUGGGGCAUUCUACACCCAUCGACUGCCACAGCAACCCAUCUAUAUUUUUGCCUCCUGCCUUGUUAUAACCACGGGAAUACUAUUUCUGGCUUGGCCGGAGUGUCCUGGAGCCAUUAUAGCCGCCCGAUAUCUGGACGGACUGGCCAAUGGUCUGGUUUUUGUGCCCGCCUUGAGUACCGUGGGCGAGAUUGGGGUGAACGAGAUCCGAGGACUUUUGGCAUCCACUGUGGAGCAGCUCAGCUCUAAUACUGGCAUCCUGAUGCAGUUACUCUACACGGCCGUGUGGCAGGCGGACUGGAACGUGGUCAUUGUGGCGGAUCAGGUGCACGGAGUGCUAUCCAUAACCUAUGGGGUGAUAGCCCUGGCCUUGUCAUCGACCCUUUGUGUGGAGUCACCUGUGCACCUGCUGAUGCGAUCCAAUGAGCAAAGGGCGGUGGUUGCCCUGAGGCACCUGCAGAGACCCUAUAUGGUGACCAGUGAAACGCUCCUGAGACUGGAUGAACAUAAGCUGUAUGUGGCUGCCUAUCGAGAGAUGUGUUUGGGGACGAGUCUAAGGAAAGGAUUUCCAUCGGUUAUUAAGCUCCUGGCCCUCCGUUUGCUGGGCAUCCUUUGCCUGAACUUCAUCAUCUGCUGUGCUCUCUAUGAGACCGCCAGUCAGCUGGUGAGCAGCUUCCCCGCCUGGCCCUAUGUGGUUUUUGGAGUCCUGCGGUUUAGCGGAUGCUUCUUUGUGGUGCUCCUGAUGGACACCACGGGUCGCAAGAAACCCACUCUCUUCGGAACCUUCUCCACGGGGGCCUUUGCCAUCGCAUUUGCCAAUUUAUUCGGAAGAACAACCCACAUGAUCACCGCUCUGGUGAUGCUCUUCAGUUUGCAAUUCUUCGCGGGAGUGGGUCAAUGUGCCUCGGCGGUUUACCUCACGGAGGCCUUUCCUCUGGGAAUAAAACCACACUUGGUUGCGGUGGUCUACAUAAUGGAACUGAUCACACGACUGCUCCUCUGCAGCUUUGCACCAUCGAUCGCUGGGAUUGCGAACUACUUUCAUGUUCUGGGAGGACUUUCCAUGGUGUUCUUCCUUCUGGGAAUCUUCUGUCUGCCAGAAACUAGACUCGUUACUUUGGUAGAAGCGCAGAUUAAAUUCUCCAAGUGGUUCAACAAGGACUUCUAA